AUGACAGAAUUUCUUCUUUCAUUUGAUUUAGAUAUCAAUGCUAAAGAUAAAAAUGGCCAAACAGCCCUUCAUUUAUCAGUAAAAAAUAAAAAUAAAGAAAUAUCAAAACUCCUUAUUUCACAUGAUUCUGAUGUUAAUGCAAAAAAUAAAAAUGGUCAAACUGCUCUUCAUUAUGCGGUCAAAAAUAAAAAUAAAGAAAUAAUAGAGCUACUUCUUUCACAUGGAGCUAAUGUUAAUGCUAAAGAUAAUGUUUGUGAAGAUACACCACUCCAUUUUGCAGCGAGAUAUAAUAAAAAGAUAGAAAUAAUAAAAAUUCUACUUUCACAUGAUGCUCUUAUUAAUAAAACAAAUAGGAAAUACCAAACAGCAUUACAUUAUGCAGCAAAAUAUAAGCAUAGAAAAAUUUUAAUGCUGCUUAUUAGUAAUGGAGCAUACAUCAAUUUACCCAAUAAACGCUAUGAGAAAACUGCUCUUCAUUAUGCCGCAAAAUAUAAUGAUAUCGAAACUGCAAAAAUUCUCCUUUCACAUGGUUCAAAUAUCAGAAAGCAAGAUGCAAAAGGAUACAUUCCGCUUCAUUAUGCUGCAUCAUGUAAUAGUAUCAAAACUACUGAACUUCUUAUUAAGCAUAAAUCUAAUGUCAAUGCAAGAGAUUUUAGCGAAUGCACUGCGCUACAUUAUGCAGCAUGGUGUAAUUGUCCAGAAACUGCCAAAUUUCUUAUUUUGCAUGGUGCAGAUGUAAAUUCAAUGAAUAAAUAUGGAAAAACUCCCCUUCAUUAUUCAGCAAAAAAUAAUUGGAUAGAGAUUGCAAGGAUUCUAAUUUCACAUGGGGCUAAUAUAAAUUUAAAAGAUAAUGAUGGGAAAACUCCUCUUCAUUAUGCCGUAAGAUUUAUUCCACAAGAUACAGCAAAAUUUCUGAUAUUCCAUGGUGCAGAUAAAGAUUCCAAAGAUAAUAACGGGAUGACACCUGUCCAAUAUUCUGUAUUACCUAUAUAA